CGGUAAAGGAGAGGAAACUGUUGCAAUUUCAAACUGAAUGAUUCAGUGGAAUGGGAAAUGGGAGGAGCAUAGAGAUGAAAGAGGAGAGUGGGAUUUUGGGUUAUUAGAAAUGCGAGAUUUCCAUGGAUGGGAACCCUAACCUCACUUCCUCUUCCUCUCAGGAAUUCCUCAAACAAGUCCAAGCCGCACUCAAACGCCACCGCCCUCUCGGCGCACCGCAACCGCACAGCGUCCGCCCUAAGCGCUCCAUGCUGCCUCACCGGACCCUCGCCAGCGGACCACCUUCCAUUUCCGACACUUCCUCCGGCGAAGCCUUCCCGCCGCCGGAAUCUCAACCCCUAGCAGCUGCGCACAAGAAGGUUCAGUUUUCAACUGCGCGGACACAUGGGGUCAAUGUUGUAAAAGCCACUGAGUUGGAGAACAUAUCAUCUCAUAUGGGUUCACUUGCAUUGGCAGAUGAGGCAUCAAUUGAAUUCAAUCAACACAUGAAGAACCAAAACGUGCAGCAGGUAGAGUCAGAAACUAGUUUGAUAUCCGAGGGAGGCAAGAGUUCUUUGCUUCCAAAGAGAACAAUAGUUACUCAGGAUCAUCUGCAUCAAUUCAAAAACUUUUUGAGCCAACCAGCUACACAUUCCUCCAUAGUGGGACCCUCAUGUCCUACAACUACAUCGGUCCAUUCAACUUCAGCACCUAUGUUAAAUUCUAUAACUCAUUGUUCUCAUUCCUGUAUAGAUAGUGGCUCACAUGUGGCUGCAGAACCUUAUGGAAACCUGAGUGUUAAUCCUCACCCUAUAGCUCCAGGGGCUGUUAAAUCACCAAAUAAUUCUCUGAAAGACACCAAUAGAAUGUCAAUUGAUCAGGUGGCAAGUGCAGUUCAAGCUUGUACUUCACUAGUUGAUGCAGAGUUGACAUUUAAGCAGAGUAACCCAUAUAAGGAUCAGCAAGGAUGUAUGUUAAAGGAAACUAGUAUUUCAAAAUAUACUUCUUGUUGUGAUGACAUGUUAAGUAAAGGGGAAGAGUCUGCAGCUGUUACCAACAUACAGCCUCAGGCUCCGAUUUCAUCAUCAGAUGUGAAGUUGGAAUCUUCUAAGUUGGCAAAACAAGAUAAAAAUGCAAGUAGUAAAGGAUCAUCAGGCACUCGAAAGAAGACCUAUGAUCCUGACUUGUUUUUCAAAGUCAAUGGCAAGCUUUAUCAAAGGCUUGGCAAGAUAGGUAGUGGUGGAAGCAGUGAGGUACACAAAGUGAUUUCGUCAGAUUGUACAAUCUAUGCACUUAAAAAGAUAAAACUAAAGGGCCGUGAUUAUGCCACUGCAUAUGGUUUUUGUCAAGAGAUCGAGUAUCUAAAUAGGCUGAAAGGAAAGAAUAAUAUUAUCCAGCUUAUAGAUUAUGAGGUGACUGACAAGGCUUUGUUUGAGGGAGUCAUAAAUGGCUCCUUCAGUAAUAAGGAUGGUAGAGUCAGGGAUGAUGGAUAUAUAUACAUGGUGCUUGAAUAUGGGGAAAUCGAUUUGGCUCAUAUGUUGUCUCAAAAGUGGAAGGAACUUGAUGGAAGCAACCAGACCAUAGAUGAGAACUGGCUUCGAUUUUAUUGGCAGCAAAUUCUUCAAGCUGUCAACACAAUUCACGAAGAACGUAUUGUGCAUUCUGACCUGAAGCCAGCUAACUUCCUCCUUGUCAAAGGUUCCUUAAAACUGAUUGAUUUUGGAAUAGCCAAAGCAAUAAUGAGCGAUACAACAAACAUCCAACGGGAUUCACAGGUUGGCACUCUAAGUUACAUGUCACCAGAAGCAUUUAUGUGCAAUGAGAGUGAUGCGAGUGGAAACAUCAUAAAAUGUGGUCGGUCAUCAGAUAUCUGGUCCCUUGGCUGCAUUCUUUAUCAAAUGGUAUAUGGGAGAACACCCUUUUCAGAUUACAAGACAUUUUGGGCCAAAUUCAAAGUUAUAACUGAUCCAAAUCAUGAAAUUACGUAUGAGCCAGUUUCAAAUCCGUGGCUUGUGGAUCUUAUGAAAAGGUGUCUAGCAUGGGAUCGCAAUGAAAGGUGGAGAAUUCCUCAGCUUCUCCAGCAUCCCUUUCUAGUUCCUCGAGUUCCAUGUCCAUCUUUGUCCCGAGAUCAUACCUUGAAAUUGCUGCAUCUUAUUUCUGAGACUUGCACAAAUGACCCAGAAGCAUUGCAGCUCUGUUGUCAACUUCAACAGGUGCUUGAUAAUCCUAUCAAGUUAAUAAAUACUCAUUCAUUAAAUUCCAUAGACCAACAGCGUAAGUUGCUGACCCGAAUAUCGGAACUCUGUAUUCAGCUACAGGAACGAUUGACAAAUACUGACAAACAAUAGUUGCUUGUUUUGUAUAAGCUUAUUUUGAGGAAUUUAUGUAUAUUUUUUUGUCAAAAGCUGUAUUAAGAGGUGAAGUAAGCUAGUGAUUUCUAAUUGGUUCAUUUCAAUUUCUAGUGGUUUUACCAUUGAUUUUUCCCGCCUUCUAUGUAAUUGUAACUUGUAAGGAAGGUAGAGUUGUUGUCAUGACAUUUUUCAUAGGAAAACAGUUUAUAGCAUCUCAAUUGUGUCCCACAUUUUUCACGUGUUAUAAUGUUUGUACGAGUAAAUCAUUGAAAGAUACUAUAUG